GAAAAAUGUGACUUGUCUUAGGAGAAUUACAAUGCACGAGGGAGGGCGGGGAGUUUGAGGAUGUGCGAGUGUCCGUGUGUGUGAUUGCACGGUACUUUGGUGAAAUCAUAGGCUCUUCCUGGAGAGCUCUAGGGACAGCGAGAGGAGGGAAAGAGCCUCGGAGGGAGUACACCUCAGACAAGCAGCUUCAGCGGACAGUGUUCCAUUGAGCGAGGACCAAAAUGGAUGUUUUCAUGAAAGGCUUGUCCAAAGCGAAGGAAGGAGUAGCUGCUGCAGCCGAGAAAACCAAGCAAGGAGUAGCAGAAGCGGCAGAGAAGACUAAAGAGGGAGUGCUAUAUGUUGGCUCCAAAACCAAAGAAGGUGUUUCAAGUGUUGUCUCAGUGGCUGAGAAGACAAAGGAGCAGGCUUCUUUGGUUGGCGGUGCUGUUAUGACUGGUGUCUCAGCUGUGGCCCAGAAGACAGUGGAUGGAGCUGGGAAUAUCGCAGCAGCCACUGGCCUGGUGAAAAAGGAAGACUUCCCACCUGAAGAACUAAAGCCUGAAGAGGUUGGGGAAGAAGCUAUUGAAAUCAUGGGAGAAAAUACAAUGGAAACAGAAGGCGAAGUUGAACCUGAAACUUAUGAAGAGGCUCCACAGGAGGAGUAUCAAGAAUAUGAACCAGAGGCAUGAAGCACAAUGCGACCAGCAAGAUAAUAAAGGAGAUUCAUAUAAACUGAUUAACGUAACUGUCUUCUAUUGAUCCGAUGAUUCCUUAACUUUUGUUAUUUUGUUAUACAGUAUAAAAGAACCUUUUGUUGACCAUACUGGUGUUAUACAAUUUUAUCUGCCAUGCCUCAUUAUGCUGAAUCACUCCCAUUGAAAUGAGACCUUGAAUUUGUAGAGAUGGCAUUGUUUUCAAACUGUUUCUAUGUGUGAUUUUGUGUUUUGAAAAAGGACCAACAUUAUUGCAAACUUCAGGUUUGAACUUCAAAUUAAAUAGCUGUGUAGCUGUACAUUGCUUGUAUGUGACUAGAUGUUUCAUAUUGACUGACUUUUUAUACAUUGUAUAAUUUCAAUGUUGUUGUUGUAAUCAUCAAAUGGGUACUGUGUAAAAUGUUUAGUUGUCUGAAUUGUGGCAUAAAAGAUGUUCAAGUGAGCCACAAGCCAAGCAAAUUGAACAGGGAUGUGUCUGUGCUGAGAAUGAUUACCUGUAAAUAAAGUGAUAGAACCACAAUGUAUUAGUUUCUAGACAUUUACAAGGAAUCAAGGAAGCUGUUUGUAAAUUACAUAUCAAAUCACUUACACAUCUGAAUUGGAUGAAUUACAUAACAUUUGCUACUUAUGAAUAGUGGGAAUUAAUUGAUGCCACAAAUCAAAUCUUAAACUAAUGGUAAUUUCCUAGUGCAAAUCCUGUAUCCAAUUAGUAAAACUAAUUACUCAUCUAUCACUAAUAAGGUUUGAAGGAGUGGGGCUUACAGCCGUCAGAAUUAAAUGCCACAACAGGAGAAUCAAUGUGCUGAGGGAACAAUCCUAAUGAUGGAAUGGCCUAGGGUUCAUCCCAGACUUUUAAUUACAUUUUUAACAUAAACCAAGCUGUGAAAUUCACUAAACUUACUAUUGACUGAUGAAAAUCAUGUUUUAUGUAAAUAUUAUAGCCCCCACUAUAAUUUCAGUGGGAGACUGGCAGAAAUGUGUGACAAAAAUAUGUGACUCUACUAAAAUUCUAUUUGUUUGAAGCAAGGAGGUUUCAGUGAAAUCGGUCAUCAAGACUGAUUAUUGGCCAUCCAUUUUAUUUUCUGCCUCUACCUCAAAUGCUUAGCAUGUUGAAUAUCAAUUGUGAACUGUUCCUACUCACUUACCUUUAUGUUUGACAGGCCAGGCUUGUGUAAAGAAUGCCUUGGUUUUGCUUACACAAUGUGGAAGCCAUCACACAGUUGGUUUGGAAUUCAAAUAUUUUAUUAAGCUUUGUAACCAAGGAUCGUAGAAGAAAAUUAUUUCCUGUUAUGCGGUGAUCAGCAUUACAACAUUAGCUAUUAUUAUUAUUUGUGAUUCAUGCACUAGUACGUUAUCAAUUAAUGAUUUGAUAUCAAAUGUCACUUGUUUGAAAUCUGAGAUGGAGGAGGUUAUCUUAUGAGAAAAGGUUAGGCAUUUCAGGCCUAUAUUCAUUGAAGUUUCAAAGAACCAGAGAUUAUCUUACUGAAGCAUAAGAAUCUGAGGGGAUUUGACAGAAUGAAUGCUGCAUCCCCUUAUGAGAGAGACUAGGGCUGACAGACAUAGUUUAAAAAUUAGAGGUCUCACAUUUAAGACGAUAUGGAACAAAUUAACAGCACACGUACAGAUUAAUGGUUAUGAUCUCAUAGCCAUUACAGUAAAAUACAUGGUUACAAUGAAUCAAAGUUGGGAACGAAAUAUUCAGGGGUUUUUAAAGGGACAGGCAGGAAGGAAAGGGUGGGGUAGCUUGUUAGCAUGGGUUGAUAGAAGUACCAUAACAAGAAAAGUACUGGGAUCAGAAGAUAGAAUCCAUAUGGCUGGAGGUAAGAAAAACAAGAGAAGGAAACAUUGGGAGCAGUAGUCUACAGGUCCUGUAGCAGUAAUUAUACAGUAAGGCAGAGAAUAAAUCAGAAGAUACUGAGGGUAUGUAAAAUGUCAGUACAUUAAUCAUGAAUUACUUUAUUCUUCAUGCAGAUUUGGAAAGUCAGAUUGACAAAAGUUGCCUUGAGGAUGAAUUCAUUGUGUGUAUUCAGGACAGAUUCCUAGAACAAUGUGUUGUGGAUCCAACCAGGAAUUAGACUAUCUUGGAUCUGGUAAUGCCAAAUGAGCAGAUUUAAUAAAUGCCAUUAGAGUAAAAGAUCUAGGAAAUAGUGACCAUAAUAUUAUAACAUUUAGUUAUCAUCCUGAGAGAAAGGAACAUGUAUUGGAAACAAGUGUACUAAACUUAAAUAAGGGUAAUAAACAAAGAAAUUAGGUUAGAGUUAGCAAGAGUGGACUGGGAAAGGGGUUCAGCAGAAUGGAUGGUUCAGGAACAAUAGCAGAUGUUUAAGAAUAUAAGGUCACAACAAAGAUAUAUCCCAAUGAGCAAGAAGGAUUCUCAGAUGGUGAUAAGCCAACCAUGAUUAACCAGGGAAAUGUUCUAGCUUGUCUCCAAAUGGUUACGUACCAACACUUUUUGGGCAGUUGUUACCUUCUCAACUGAUAUAACUAUAUAUAACAAUAUACAUUUUAAAAAUAAUUUUAAGCUAAUUCUCAGAAUUUGCAGAGCUCAAAAAGUGAGUGUAAUUGAGAUCAGCCUUUCACAUUGCUGGAGAAUGAGACUGGAGUGCUUGUACACAAUGGCACAAUAAACACAAGCCCAAUGUACCAAUGAAAUAACAUGAAUAAAUUCCAUUACUGAUACAGUU